UGAAAAUUAAUUAAUUAAGAAAUACAAAAAAAUACUUAGGUGUAAAAAAAAUAAUAAAUACUAUAAGAGAUGAGGUAUAAUAAAAGAUGAGUAGCUGGGAACGUGCAACAGAAAAAUAGUUCACCCAACUUGCUCCUAUUAAUACUUUGCCUCUUCUCUCUUCCUACUUCUAACCUUCUUCUUCCUUUCACACACUUAUACACACGCUUUCGUUUAACUCUCUCCUGAUUCAAUCACUAAUCAGACGCAAAAGAGACAAAAAAAAACAAAAUGGAUCACGACAAGUCCACUUCUUGUUGCUGCGUUCUUGAUGCUUCCACUUAUGUUGGUUUCUGGAUUCUCAAGAAACUGCUUAGCAGAGGAUACUCUGUUCACGCAGCUAUUCGUAGAAACGGGGAUAGUGAAAUUGAGGAGAAGGUGAGAGAGAUGGAAGCAACGGAAGAGAGAUUAGUGGUGUACGAUGUUGAUGUGUUGGAUUAUCAAAGCAUACUUGUCUCUCUCAAGACAUGUAACGUUGUCUUCUGCUGCUUAGAUAGCCCCGAAGGAUACGAUGAGAAAGAGGUGGAUUUGGAGGUGAGAGGAGCGAUCAAUGUGGUGGAAGCAUGUGGAAGAACAGAGAGUAUUGAGAAGAUUGUGUUCUCUUCUUCGUUAACAGCUUCAAUUUGGAGAGACAACAUUGGAACUCAGAAGGAUGUUGAUGAGAAGUGUUGGAGUGAUCAAGACUUCUGUCGCAACAAAAAGUUGUGGCAUGCAUUGGCAAAGAUGUUGUCAGAGAAAGCAGCUUGGGCAUUAGCCAUGGACCGUAGGCUCAACAUGGUCUCUAUCAACCCUGGUCUCAUCGUCGGACCAUUGGUCGCCCAACACAACGCUAGGCCCACCAUGUCCUACCUGAAAGGAGCUGCACAAAUGUAUGAAAAUGGUGUGUUAGCGUACGUAGACGUCACGUUUUUAGCGGAUGUUCAUAUUAGAGCAUUCGAGGAUGUUUCAGCUUGCGGUCGAUAUUUCUGCUUCAACCAAAUCGUCAACACAGAAGAAGAAGCUCUCAAGCUUGUGGAGAGUUUGUCUCCUUUGAUACCUAUGCCACCGAGGUAUGAGAAUGAGAUGCACGGAAGUGAAGUUUACGAAGAAAGACUAAGGAACAAUAAAUUAAGCAAGCUGGUAGAAGCUGGCUCUGCUUGUUAAUUAAAGAAACCUUUUUUAUAAUUUAAAUUGAAAAUGAAGACACUAUACAAAAGAAAGGUUGUAAUUUGUAUAUUGAUCUUCUCAUAGUAGCGUUUGUUGCUCGUGACCUAUCUUUUUCAAAAAAGUAUACAUUUCCUCUCAUUUUAUGAUUAAUAUAUAUGAGUAGUCUUUUUUGA